UGCGUUUAAGAAAACCAGUGUAGCUGUAGCAAGAAUCACUUCACAAAAAUUACUCAGUUGUCGAAAUGGCGUCUGAUAUUUGAAAUUGAAAAAGCAAGAAAUUAACGUAAAGCGAAACAUAAGAAAUUGCCAUUGUAAUCAUUGCUAAAAUUUCAGUGGCACACAAAGUGAAUACAAGGCCGACUUCUCCGCUAUUGAAACUUAAGGAAUAGGAAUCACAAAAUUGAAGCAUUUGUUGUAACGCACAGGACCAGAGGCGGCGCAAAGGGUUUAUGAGGGUGAUAGUUACCCCUUUCUGUUUAGAAAUUAAUUCAACAGCGUUAGGAAGGGCUAGAUCAUACUUUCUCCUAACAAAAAUUCAUCCGGUGCAAGGCACUGAAACGAGGCAAAGGGCGUGGUUUCACUGGUCAAGCCCAUUACAGAUCCACUCUGCAGUAGCUUGCGUCGCCACUGUGUAGGACACAAUACAAGUGUGAUAAAUUUUUGGCAUUCUUAAACAUGUUAAGGAAGAAACUAACAAACAACCAAAGGCAUAAAAUUUUUAUUUCGAAUAAAGAGAGGGUAAAAGAAUCCUAGCCGAACGAAAAUAGAUUAUUUACUAGGUAUGCUGUUAAUGUGGAGCAAACGACAUAUUUCUCGGGGUAAAAAUGCUUCAAAAGUCAUUUUUUAAUCUUGACUUGACCGUCAAUCCGUUAUUCAUGCUCAAAAGUUCAGCGUGCCUUCUAUUUACAAUUAAUAAAGAUUCCAUAAAAAGAUUUUUUACGUUGCUAAUAGAUAUCGACAAUGCUAUUAGAUAUCGACAAUGCUUUGAGGUGAAAUAGAACAUUCAGUUCCUUUUCAUUUAUCCAAUGACGAUGAAAGAGGGCACCCGUUCAUCAUUCAUUUCUUGAGGCUGACAUCAUAUUUACGAAAACAAAUAGUGCUUAAGUAAUAUUGCAAAAGGGACCUAUUAUAACAGUUAUCAUUGACAGUAUACGGGCAAGAAAAUAACAAGACCCCACCGAAAAAAGGACAUGACGCUGACAGCUUUUGCUGACUGGAAACUUUACUGUAUGAUGAUGCUGGCAUUACCAUUAUCAACAUUGUCAUUCUCAUGCACCUCUAGAUUUCACUGCAAAACGCCUGAAGUCAAAUACAUCAGCAUGGAUAAACUGACAAAUAUGACCUUGAAUGGAACAGUGCUUAAGUCAUUCCAAGCAAAGGACAUUUCAGAAUGCCAGAGAUCUUGCCUCCAUGAAGAAAAAUGCCAGUCACUGAAUGUCAAUAUCAGUACAGCGAUUGGCCUGACAUGCGACCUUUUGGACAUCAAUAUCUAUAGCAAUUCGUCACUUCUUCUUCAGCAAAGUGGAUCCGUUCACCUCUUUAUUCCGAAUGAGUGCAAGAAUAAACCAUGCAAGAACAAUGCAGUAUGUGUGCCCAACUAUCAGAACGACUCCUACAGCUGCGAAUGUAAAUCGAAUGGAACAUGGAUAACGAAAGGGCUUCAUUGUGAAACAAUACUAAAUGGAUAUUCCAGUGCCUUUGUUUACUGGUCAUUCGACGAUCCAGCAAGCCUUGCCCCCUUGACAAGCACAAACUUGGACAUGUCAUCAUAUGUAGCAUCAUCAUGGACUCCGGUCUCGGAACCAGGUCGAAGACAUCCGGUUGUAAAAUGCAAUGUGCCAGGCCAUGCGCCUCCUUGCAUGUAUAUUAAGUCAAAUGUACCAUGCCUUCACAUUUUUGGAACUUGUGAGCUGACAGUCACUUACAGUGUUUGGAUCAAAUAUACAGAAUUUGAAGCGUCAAGAUCUGCUCCAGCAUAUGUAUUCCAUUCGUAUGCUUUUAAUCAACGUCGGGGCGUUCACUUCUCAUCGAAAAGUGAUGGAAAGUUUACUUUCGCUGUUUCCAUUUCGUUAAGCAAACGAUGGAUUAUUGAAGAUUUUGGAGGAGCUGUUGUGAAGACAAACUGGAAUCAGUUUACUUUUACAGUGGAUGAUAAUGCAGGAAGUUGUGCCUUUGUCAACGGAGUGAAAGAUGCCUGCCAGUCAACCCAUGCUUCGGUCUCCUUGAGUGAUUUGCAAUCCAGUUUCAAAAUUGGCGAUUCCCCGUCUGCCGAUAUUGAGCCUGGUAUUUAUGUUGACGACUUGGCUGUUUGGCAAGUCAUUCUUACUGAAGACGAAGUAAAAAACCUUUACGAACAAACAAAAGAGUGAUUGUUUUUGACAAAUUUUAGACUAAAUUUGCUGUAAAGUGCACUUAUCGCUGAAAAGAAAGCAAUAUUCUCUAUCGUAGAAUGCAAUAAAAAGAAAAGGAAACAUUUGUUAGUCUUUCUUGAAAGCCACUUUAUCUGGAUAUGGCAAUUAAUUUACCUAGAUAUUAAUACAAAAAGACUUAAUAUAUCUCAAUUAAGUUGCCAAUUUUUUGUCUUAUUGCUUUGAAACAAGAUCGAGAGAACAUUAGAACAAUACCAAUACCCAAAUAGCUCAACCUGAUACGUUAAUCAUCAAGAUUAGUUGAUUAUGUAAAUUUACCGCUGUAAAAUUAUAUACAGGUUCUUAAUUUUUUUCAUCCAUUCAUUAUUAAUAAUUUUAUUAUUUAAAAUAAAGUUGAUAUUAACGUGUGACAAGCUGCUGUAGCAGUAAUUCUAUUUAUGUUUUUCUUAUGUUGUUGUUGCCAUCUUGGCCAUCUUGCCUAGAUACCUUUUUCAUAAAAAUUGAAAAGAGAAAUUGUAAUUCUGGAAAAAUUGAAAAGAAAAAUUGUAACACCUAAGAGCAAAACUAAUUUGAGAAUACAUUUUAGCCCAUUUUUAACUCAAGAUUGCCACCUCUUUACACUCGUGCACCAGAGUU